UUUCAGCCUCCAACACUUUUCUGUUCGCGGGUUUUUCUCUAUCUUCCCCUCAAUCGAACUGUAGCCUGUAGCACUGUCAAGAUGUUUACUGCUUCGAGGAAGAUUCAAAAAGAAAGGGGUGUUGAUCCAACUGACCUUGAGGAGAAUCUUGCUCAGGCAAUAUUUGACCUUGAGACCAACAACAAGGAUAUGGGAAAUGAAUUGAAGGAUCUGUUUAUCAACUCUGCUGUUCAGGUUGACAUCUCGAACAACAAGAAGGCUAUUGUUGUCCAUGUUCCAUACAGAUUGAGAAAAGCUUUCCGCAAAAUUCACAACCGGUUGGUCAGGGAGCUAGAGAAGAAGUUCAGUGGCAAGGAUGUUGUCUUCAUUGCCACCAGAAGAAUUGUGAGGCCUCCAAAGAAGGGUUCUGCAGCCAAGCGUCCCAGAUCCCGUACCCUCACCUCAGUGCACGAGAACAUUCUUGAGGAUCUUGUGCAGCCAGCUGAGAUCGUUGGCAAACGUUGCAGAUACCGUCUUGAUGGCUCUAAGAUGAUUAAGGUAUACUUGGAUCCCAAAACCAAGAAUGACACCGAGUACAAGCUAGAGACAUUCUCUGGUGUCUAUAGGAAGCUUUGCGGAAAGGAUGUAGUUUUUGAAUACCCUGCUACAGAGGCUUAAAUUUGCAAUCGUGAUGUCAUCGGAGUUUUGUGCUUACCAUUUUCAAACCUUGUCUAUUGGUUUCCUUUAAGAUAGUUGUACUUUACCAAGUUUUGACCCACUAUAGAUUGCAUUGUUAAUUAGGGACAGAAGAACAAUUAUGUAUAGCGUCUUCCUUGUUGAGGCAAGAACCCAACAUAAGAAACUGAAUUACUCGUUAGUCGUUACCAUUCUUAAUGUUGACCAACUAAAUGCGUUUGCUCAA